GAAUACAUAGCGAAACACUUCGGUUUCAUGCAAAAACAAAUCGGCUAUGACAUACUGGCGGAGGACACCAUCACGGCGCUGUUGCACAACAACAGGAAACUGCUGAAGCACAUCACCGCCUCAGAGAUCGAGACGUUUGUCGGUCUAGUGCGCAAGAACAUGAAGACGUGGCAGUCCCGUUUCCUGGACUACUUGAGCGACCUGUGCAUCUCGAACAAGAAGGCCAUCGCAGUGACGCAGGAGCUCAUCUGCAAGAGCGUGCUCUGCGCCAACAACUCCGACAUACUCAUCGAGACUAGAUUAGUAUCAAUAAAAUACGAAGAAAAAGGCAAGGCGUCGGCUGCCGAAGACGCCAACAAACAUUCCAUCGAACAGAAAGUCAUGUUACUGUGGAACAAUAAGAAGAAUAAAUGUUACCUCUCCGACCUGGCGGCGGAAGCUCGCAUGGACCCGAGCAGCGAGGCGGCCGCCAUCCUGGACUACUACAGACACCAGCUGGACCUGUUCAGCAACAUGUGCCUCAACCGGCAGUACCUCGCGCUCAACAGCCUAUCGCCACAACUGCAUAUAGACCUGAUAUUAUUAUGCAUGUCGAACGCGUCGCUGUCGUACGAGGUGCGCGCGUCGUUCUGCCGCCUGAUGCUGCACCUGCACGCCGACCGCGACCCGCAAGAGCCCGUCACGCCCGUCAAGUACGCGCGCCUCUGGACCGACGUGUGCGACCGCAUACACGUGCACGACUACCAAUGCGUGAAAGGAGGUCCGGACGCGAACCGGGAGAAGGUAAAGGAGCAGUUUGCGUCCACCAUCCGCUUCGUGGAGGACUACCUGUGCAACGUGGUCACCAAGACGUGGUACUUUGGCGACCACGACCAGAACAAGCUGACGUUUGAAGUGGUCAAACUCGCUAGAGAGCUUAUAUACUUCGGGUUUUAUAGCUUCAGCGACCUGUUGCGGCUGACAAAGACGUUGCUCAGCAUCCUGGACUGCGUCACGGCGAUGGACCUGCUCAACGAGACCAAUGCGCUGUCUGGAGAAGUGGAAUCCGAAGGCGGUGUUCUUCGUAUAGGCGACAUGGGCGCUGUUAUGACUUCCAUAACACUCGGCUCUGUCGCUAGAAAUCAGGUGGGCCCCGGCAGCAGCGGGUCAGGGGGCGCGGGGCUACAGCGCAGCGCCUCCGCCCUGGUGUUGGCGCGGGAACACCCGCUCGUCAUGGACAAACUCAAGAUCAUCGAGAUAUUGCAGUUCAUCCUGGACGUGCGGCUGGACUACCGCAUCAGCUGCCUGCUGUCGAUAUUCAAGAAGGAGUUCGAGCAGGCGGGCGAGGCGGCCGAGCGCGCCGACUCGCUCGCGCGCGCUGACGUCGAGGCCAUCGGGCUGCAGGCCGAGGGCAUCUUCAGCUGCAGAGCUAUACAAACAGUGCCAGAGAGCUGUCUACCAAAAAAUGUAGAUUUGGACGGGCUGGACCUGGACUCGUGCGGGGGCCGCAUGGUGCUGCGCGUGCUGCUGCAGCUGUGCUCGCAGGGCGCGUCGGCGGCGCUGGUGUCGGGCGCGCUGGCGCUGCUGUUCCGACACUUCAGCCAGCGGCAAGAGGUGCUCGCCGCCUUCAAACAGGUCCAGCUACUGGUAUCAGACGCUGACGUGGAGUCGUACAAGCAGAUCAAGGCUGACCUGGAUCUACUGCGGCAGAGCGUCGAGAAAUCUGAGCUGUGGGUGUUCAACAAGGGCCGCGCGGUCAUACUGGACGAACACACUGGUAGUCCAACAGGUACGGUGGGUCCGGGCGGGGCGGUGCUGGAACGCAACGCGUCGCUCGACAACGUCCUCGACACUUCUAGAACGGCCAAGCACGACCACAACGAGUAUAAGAAGAUUAAAGAGAUCCUGCAGCGCAUGAUAAAGUACUGCACGCAGGGCAACAGCGGCGCCGAGCCGGGCCGCGCGCGCCCGCGCCGCCACGAGCAGCGCCUGCUGCGCAACAUCGGCGUGCACAACAUCGUGCUGGACCUGCUGCAGGUGCCUCACGAUGAAGACGACGCGGCGAUGGACGAGCUGCUAGCCCUGGCUCACGAGUUCCUGCAGAACUUCUGCCACGGCAACCAGCAGAACCAGGCGCUGCUGCACAAACAUCUCGACCUAUUCCUCAACGCUGGGAUUAGAGAAGCGCAAACCGUGUGCGCAAUAUUCAAAGACAACCCGACGCUGUGCUCCCACGAGGGCAACGAGAAGGUGGUGGGUCAUUUCGUGCACUGCAUCGAGUCGCGCGGCCGCCGCCCCGCCUACCUGCGCUUCCUGCAGACCAUCGUGCAUGCCGACACGCAGUACAUCCGACGCAGCCAGGACCUUGUCAUGCAGGAGAUGGUGAAUGCGGGCGAAGACGUGCUGGUGUUCUACAACGACAAAGUAUCAUUCAACUACUUCAUAGAGAUGAUGAAGCAGUACAAAGCAACCAGCGAGAUGCCGGAGCCGUUGACGUACCACAUCCAGCUGGUGAAGCUGCUGACCUGCUGCACGAUGGGCAAGAACGUGUACACGGAGAUCAAGUGCCACUCGCUGCUGCCACUCGACGACAUUGUCUCCAUGAUCACGCACUCGCACUGCAUACCGGAGGUGAAAGAAGCGUACGUCGGCUUCCUGAACCACUGCUACAUCGACACCGAGGUGGAGAUGAAGGAGAUUUAUAGCAGCAACUACAUGUGGGACCUGUUCGAGCGCUCCUUCUUGGAGGACAUGAACGCCAUCCUCCAGAGCGACCUCGCCUGGGCGAGUGAAGGCGCGUCGUCGUCUCACAAGUGGUCCCCGAGCAGCUCGCACAAGGCGUGGGUCAACUACGUGACGGACGUACUCAUGCACACCAUUUGCACGUUCUUCAACUCGCCGUUUAGCGACCAGAGUACUACUGUGCAGACUCGACAGUCGAUAUUCGUGAAGCUGUUACAAACGACAUUCGGCAUCUACCAGUGUCCCUGGCUCACACCCCCUCAAAAACUGAAUGUAGAGAAAUGCAUACGAACUUUGAGUGAAGUUGCCAAAUCGCGCAGUAUAGCAAUACCUUUAGAGCUGGAGGCCAAGAUACAGACAGUGUUCGAGAAAGCUGCGGCAUUGUCCCGACAGACCAGCAAGUGGCUGCUAGCAUCCAAGACCUCCAAAUUGGAGAAGAUGGCUUCUCAGUCGAACCUGCAAAACGACAGAUCUGUGAUGGAAGGCCUGCAGGAGAUAGUGGCGCUCCUGGAGGAGCAGCUCCGGCCGCUGCUGCAGGCGGAACAGUCGCUGCUCGUCGACAUCCUCUACAAGCCGCAUCUCCUCUUCACCAGCUCCGGGGAGAUAGGCCAGCCCGACACCAGCGGCAUAUUUAUAUCCAGACUUAUCCGCCACACGGAGAAACUUCUAGAAGAGAAAGAAGAAAAGCUGUGCGUUAAAGUGUUGCGUACUUUGAGGGAGAUGAUGGCCGUCGACCCUGAAUACGGUGAAAAGGGCAAUCAACUGCGCAACAAACUCCUAUCACAAUACUUCAUCAACCGUAAAUCCGAGCCGAAGAUACAGCCGCCUCCGCCGUCGAUAGCAGUCACCCACGGGCCUGGCGCAAAAGUGCUGAUGCGCACCGGUCAGACCCUGGCCCAAGUACAGGCACACCUGGACAAGGAAGGCGCUUCCGACCUGGUCGUGGAGUUGGUCAUCAAGAGCACCAACCGACCCGCCAUAUUCCUCGAGGCAAUACAACUUGGUAUCGCUCUUCUGGAAGGCGGAAAUCCAAUAAUUCAGCACAGCAUUUUCACGAAAUUGCAAAAUGGCGAAAUAUCUCAAGCCUUCCUCAAAGUGUUCUACGACAAGAUGCGCGAGGCCCAGCAGGAGAUCCGCUCGCUGGCGGCCAGCAGCACCACCGCCGCCGGUACCGAGAAACAGCGCUCCAGCCACUCCGAGAAACAGAAACAGCCUUCUGUCGACGGCAAGUCGGCGCCAGGGCCGCUGGUGGUGGGCGAGGAGAUGGAUGACGAGGUCUCCAACGCUUGCGGCUCAGCGGUGCACGCGUAUUCAGACAUACACACCAUGUCGCAUGGCACAACAGUUUUAGAAGAGAUAAUGGCUGAGAAAAAGCGUGAAGCGGGCAGUACUGACGUACUGCCGGCGAAGGUGGCCGUCAUGCGACCCAUACUCAGGUUCCUGCAGCUCAUGUGCGAGAACCACAACCCGGACUUACAGAAUCUACUACGAAACCAAAACAACAAAUCGAACUACAACCUAGUGUCGGAAACGCUGAUGUUUCUGGACUGCAUAUGCGGUUCGACCACCGGUGGGCUCGGCCUUCUGGGCCUGUACAUCAACGAGGGCAACGUGGCCCUCAUCAACCAGACCCUGGAGACCCUCACUGAAUACUGUCAAGGCCCGUGCCACGAGAACCAGAACUGCAUAGCAACGCACGAAAGCAACGGGCUCGACAUAAUAACGGCGUUGAUAUUGAACGACAUAAACCCGCUCGGCAAGACGCGCAUGGACCUCGUCCUGGAGCUGAAGAACAACGCGUCCAAACUGCUGCUCGCGAUCAUGGAGUCCAGGAACGACUCCGAGAAUAACGCCGAGAGGAUAUUGUAUAAUAUGAAUCCGAAACAGCUGGUUGAUGUUGCGUGUUCAGCCUUCCAUCAGGAGCAGGGCGCCGACGCCGACUCGGAGUGCGACGACGACUCGCCCGUGCAAGGCGUCUCGCCCAAGGAAGUGGGCCACAACAUCUACAUCCUGUGCCACCAGCUAGCCGCACACAACAAGGAGCUGGCGGCGCUGGUGCGAGCCGCGCCCGCCGGCCCGCACGCGCACGCGCUGCAGUACUACCGGACUCACACGGCGCAGAUAGAGAUAGUUCGAACGGAUCGCAGCAUGGAGCAGAUAGUGUUCCCGAUCCCUGAGAUCUGCGAAUAUCUGCCGUCCGAUAGUAAGCACAGAGUGCUGCAGAGCGCCGAGAGGGACGACCAGGGCAGCAAGGUCGCCGACUUCUUCUCGCGGCUGGACAACCUCUUCCACGAAAUGAAGUGGCAGAAGAAGUUACGCGGUCAACCACUUCUCUUCUGGGUGUCGUCCUACAUGUCUCUGUGGAGCAAUAUAUUGUUCAACUUCGCCGUACUCAUCAACGUUAUUGUGGCAUUCUUUUACCCCUUCCAAGACGAAAAUCCAAAGCUGGGGCAGCACCUGUCGCUGGUGGUGUGGUGCGUGUCGGGGGUGGCGGGCGCGCUGGUGACGUGCCUGCCGCGCUCCUCGGGCGUGCGCGCGCUGCUGGCCAGCGGCAUCGUGCGCCUCAUGUACUCCGCCGGCCCGGAGCCCACGCUCUGGACCCUCGCCAUGCUCACCAUAGUGGUGAAGGGCAUCCACUUGGUGAGCAUAAUGGGCAACCAGGGCACGCUGUCGAAGUCGACGCGGAACGUGAUCACCGACCCGGAGCUGCUCUACCACAGCGUCUACUUGGUCUUCUGCUUCCUUGGUAUAUGCUGCCAUCCUUUCUUCUUUUCGGUUCUGCUCCUCGACAUUGUGUACCGCGAAGAGACACUAUUGAACGUGAUGCGAUCAGUGACACGCAACGGGCGGUCCAUCCUGCUGACGGCCGUACUGGCGCUGGUGCUGGUCUACAUGUUCUCCAUAGUAGGCUACAUGUUCUUCAGGGACCACUUCCUCGUCAGCGUCGAUAGACUCGACGAUGACGACGACCCUCGUUUCGAAGCGGGCUCGUGCGGCUCGGACCCUAGCGCGAAGUACCUGCAGGGCGGCACGUGCGGCCGCCCGGCACGCUUCGUGUCGGUGGGCGGCGAGCUGCGCGAGCGCAGCUGCGACUCGCUCAUCAUGUGCAUCGUCACCACGCUCAACCAGGGGCUGCGCAACGGCGGCGGCAUUGGCGAUAUACUACGUGCUCCUGCUAGUUUUGUAAGUUUUUUUCUGCUUGAUAUCCCAUCGGUCGCUUAG